AUGCGUACAGAAUCUCAGAAAAUGCAGAUUUUUGUUUACACCAAAGGUCCCAAAGUGGAUUCUCCUGGAUGUCAAAUGAUGAAGUGGAUCAUAUUCCACUUAUGUAUAGCACUAUUUUUACAAGAAGGAUUCUUCAAGAAAAUUAGUCAGAACUAUAUAGAGGAUAUGGGAUGUUUGAUUGAGAGAAAAGAAGUAGAGGAAGUGGAAGAGAAAAAGAAAGAAAAAAAAUGUAAAGAAAGUGUCAAUGACAUUGACACUCAUCACAAAUCUACCCUGCAUGCUCAAAUCACUCGCCCAUCACACCAAAUUUCAAAUCUAGUUGUUUAG